UGUGUGUUCUGGGAUCCCAGGGAGCCAAUCACAGCCUUGAACAUUUCUUUGGCCAAGAGAUUUAGUUCUGUUUCUUGUCUUAUGACCUUUUGUGGUUUAUUAGUUGAUCACCACGAUGUCGACUGCAUCCGAGCACCAGACCCACUUGGUUUUAGAAAACUACAUCGGAGGAAAGUUUGUCGCUUGUGGGGAUUCCAUUGACUCCUACGACCCGUCGACCGGCCAGGUGUACUGCAGCGUGCCAGACAGCGGUCACGAUGAGGUGAAUGCAGCAGUGGCAGCGGCCAAAGAGGCCUUCCCUGAUUGGUCAAGCCGUAGCCCCGAGCAACGGGCUCAGGUUCUCAACAAGCUGGCUGACCUAAUCGAAGCCAACCUGGACGAGUUUGCUCAGGCUGAGUCCAAAGAUCAAGGCAAGACGCUGGCGUUCGCGCGCACAGUGGACAUCCCCCGGUCGGUCCACAACUUCCGCUUCUUCGCCUCGUCCGUGCUCCACCACACCAACGACUCCACCCAGAUGGACCACAUGGGCUGCCUCAACUACACCGUCCGGAGCCCUGUGGGAGUGGCUGGCCUGAUCAGCCCAUGGAACCUCCCCCUUUACCUGCUCACCUGGAAGAUUGCCCCUGCUGUUGCCGCGGGCAACACUGUGGUAGCAAAGCCUAGCGAGAUGACCUCCGUCACAGCUUGGAUGAUGUGCAAGUUAAUGCAGGAAGCAGGGGUUCCCCCCGGAGUCAUCAACAUCGUGUUCGGCAGCGGGCCCAAAGCCGGUGACACCCUAGUGGGCCACCCCGACGUCCCAUUGGUGUCCUUCACCGGCUCCACGGCAACGGCGCAGCGAAUCACGGAGCGGAGUGCCCCGUACUGCAAGAAGCUGUCGUUGGAGUUGGGGGGUAAAAACCCAGCACUGAUCUUCGCCGACGCAGACCUGGAGCAGUGUGUUGCCACCACGGUUCGCUCCAGCUUCUCCAAUCAGGGGGAGAUCUGCCUCUGCACCAGCAGGGUCUAUGUGGAGCGGAGUAUAUACCCGCAGUUCCUGGAGAAAUUUGUGGCGGCGGCCAGAAAGUGGAAGACGGGUGCACCGUCGGAUCCCGGCAGCAACAACGGCGCCCUCAUCAGCAAAGAGCACCUGGAGAAGGUGCGUAGCUUCGUGGCGCUGGCCCGGUCCGAGGGCGCCACCGUGCACUGCGGCGAGGGCGUGGACCGGCUGGAGCUGCCGGCGCAGCACGCCGGCGGCUACUUCCUGCCCGCCACCGUCCUCACGGGCGUGGCCGACAGCUCCAGGGUGAUGCAGGAGGAGAUCUUCGGACCCGUGGUCUGCGUCAGCCCCUUCGACACGGAGGAGGAGGCGGUCGCCAGGGGCAACAACGUGCGCUUCGGGCUGGGCGCGGUGGUGUGGUCCCGGGACGUGGGCAGGGUGCACCGGGUGGCGGGGAGGAUCCAGGCGGGGCUGGUGUGGACCAACUGCUGGCUGAUCCGGGACCUGAACCUCCCCUUUGGCGGGAUGAAGAGCUCCGGGACGGGCCGGGAGGGUGGGAGAGACUCGUACCACUUCUUCACUGAGGUGAAGACCAUCUGCGUCAAACACUGAGAGGGGUCGUGUGUGUGUGUGUGUGUGUGUGUGUGUGUGUGUGUGUGUGUGUGUGUGUGUGUGUGUGUGUGUGUGUGUGUGUGUGUGUGUGUGUGUGUGUGUGUGUGUGUGUGUGUGUGUGUGUGUGUGUGUGAGUGAGUAA